GGCAAAUUCCCUCAUCAGCUUCUUCUCAAAUUCCACAUAACGGAUGCUCCAGUCGAGGGUGAGGGCAGCCUCUUCCUUCUUGUCUGAUCUCUCCAGCCGUCCCAGUUCGUGGGUUGACCCAAGGGAUCCGACGCUGACAAAAGUUGUGCCAACGUCGGCCGAAGUUUUGCUUGAUCAAUAAUCAACGCGUCAUUACCUGAAGUCGUCGCGGCGUCUGUGAACAGUCAGCCUUGUCUGCAUUGUGGUUGAGAAGGUAAACAAUGGCGCCGGACAAGCCUCUGCCAGUAGAGACACUGCUUCCAUUCAAUACGAAUCGCUCACCGGAGACUCUCUCUUACCUGCAAAGCGCCCAGCGCCGGGAGUCAGGUGUCGACAGCCAAUCACCCGUGAGUGCAGACGAGGAGGAAGGGUCUGAAAAUGAAGCGGGCAGACCGAAACGACAGAAGCGCUCGAGAGCUUGCGUUGCUUGUCGUAACAUGAAGAUCCGAUGUCUUCCUGUCGAAGGCCAAGAGGCAUGCAACGCCUGUUCGAGGGUCAACCGAGAAUGUAUCAUGCCGGGACCUCCGCGCAAACGGCAGAAGACCGUGCACAAAGUCGCCGAGUUGGAAAAGAAGAUCAAUGCAUUGACAGAGGCUCUGCUGGCUAAGCAGCAAGCUGAGCCGUCACCUCCUAACACGUCACCGGAUAAAGAGCAGACCGCCAAUGCGAACUCGGUCCGUUCUGGGGUCGAAGACACCUCCAGUGCUGGCCUUGAUCCAUAUCCACUCAAACUAACUGAGAAAGCUGAUGAGGGUCUGCCGCCUUCGGUGGAUUGGACGCGUUCGUGUCCAAUAAUGAAUCCUGUUAUCAAGGAUGAUUAUAUUGACGUCGUCGAGCAAGGAAUGUUGUCCAGGGAUUCCGCUACAUCCUUGUUCAAUUACUGGGCACAGAAUAUGUGUGAAUCCUGCCCGAUGGUGCAGUUCCCGCCUGGGACCCAAGCACAAGAAGUCCGAACACGGCGGCCUAUGACCUUCUUAGCCAUAUUGGCAGCCACAAGUUCUGUCAUCAUGCCUUCGAUCCAACCAAGUCUUGUCACCGAAGCCGCCCGUCAAUUCUCAGAAAGGGUUCUUUUCCAUGGAGACAAAUCCGUGGACCUGGUUCAAGCGUUGCUUCUUCACUCUCAGUACUACGUUCGUCCUCGGACAGCUAGGGACCUGGCUUUCCACCAGUAUGCACAAUCCGCAUCUACCAUGUGCUAUGAUCUGGGGAUUGGGAAGCGGUCAAGAAUGCGUCGUACAAUACCUCCCAGCGACCAGGUAGAACUUGCGAGGACCUGGCUCGCGGUCUACUGUGCAAAUGUUUCAGUCUCGACUGUGAUCCGUGUCCCUGCGGCUACCAGACAUGAUGCUCACGUUGAAGAGUGUCUUCAACUUCUUGAGAACAGUCCGUCCGCUUUGCCGGGAGACAAGUGGAUUUGCGCGCAGGCAAAACUUAGUCGUAUUGCACAAGAAGUGUCGGACGCUUUCAACAUGUGCGACCCUGGGGCCGACUUGAAUUUCACAGAGAUCAGAACACAACAUCAACUGAAGUACUUUCGACGACAACUAGAUGAGUGGGAAAAGUCCGUGGACACCGGUAUUGACAGCCGUCUUGUCCAUCAUCAACUAUCCUGCGUCAAUAUCUAUAUGCAUGAGAUUGCUCUCCACUUUGACCACAACGUCGACGAUUUCCGCCCUGGACAGCUGGGUUACGAACGGCCAGGGCCCGACACUCUGACCUCGCUUCACAUUGACGCUUUCACUACGCUCCUCACCGGCAGCCACAAAAUGUUGGAUCUCUGGCUUUCGCUUGACGUGCGCUGUGCACGAUCACUGCCCAACCUGUACAUUGUGUGGAAUGCCUAUGCGAUGGUCGUCCUCAUCAAGAUUCACUGGAUCGUCAACGGACCUGACCCCAAAGUGGAUUCUAUUUCCUCUGCCGAUAUCAAAACCGACUUCUAUCUGGACUCGAUCUUGAACAAACUGACUCAGAUGUCUGCCGACAGCCACAGUCCAUGCGCCGAAGCAUUCGGAUUUCUCUUCAAGAAAUUAAAGAUUUGGCAUCAACACCGUGGCGGCAUGAAUUCAGACGACGAGCAGGGUAAUGAUCCGGAAUCCCGACGUCAACGAGGAACACAACAACUCUUCGGGUCUGAUUCAUUUUCGUUCGUACAGUCUGUGAAAAACGCGGAAUAUUCGCAGUCCACGCCACAACCUCAGGCUUACCGGUUGCCCACUCUUCCACAUCAACGAUUCAUGAUGGGUGACGGGCUCCAUGGGUCGAACUUAAACGCUGCGUACGAUGCGGCGAGUUACGGCAACACGAAUUGGGAGCAAUUCAACUUCAGUACGGAAGAAAUGGAUAUGUUUGAUGUGUACAUGAAUAAUAGUGGGUGGAUGGGAUAUUUGCUAUAACCGCCGAAAGUUGAAACGCAAAGCAAAGCAAUUCUCUUAAUGGAGUACUAGGGGGAAAACAUCGAACCCUCCUUCUCCCAAAACAUGACAAGCACAGUACAGAAGCUCUCGCACAACGAGAUGAUCAAAUCCAACCAAUGAUGCCUUCGCCGACAAUUCGUUUACUCCGGCCAUCGAAGAUCGACACUGUUCGACCUACGAUGCCGUCACCGCCCACGCCAAGAUUGAGCCUGACGUCGCCUGUCCUCGAGCUUGUGACUGUGUCGACGAAGAAAGAAUGUAAGAUCGGAUUGGACGAGCAGGCUGCUGCUGCUGCUUCUUCUUCAGAUUCGGAAUCUGAAUCGGACCAAGGAGAGUUUGGAGACGUUGACAACGGCUGUCCGUAUUGGCUAGACGACAAGGUAAAAGGUGUCAGCACAUGCUCAUGCUCAUGGUCCUGCGCUGUCACAAGACAUGGGACCGGCGACCAAGAGGGUCCAAGCGCGCUCAUCGCGGUAACUAUACUACUAGUAGACAGUGGUACUUACUGGAUUCUCACGUUCAAAGAGCCGCGUGUGUCACCAUCACAGACGCUGUCCUCGGCGCAUUCGAAGCUUGACGUCGUGGCUCCAGGUGUUCGGUUUGACAACCUUAACCGCCCACGAAAUGCUGACUGUGAAGGUGAAGGUGAGUGGGCAUGGAUGACAGCGACCAGGUCGCCGGACUCGGGAGCGGGAGGGAGGUGAGAGUCGCCGCACAUGAUCACUACUAGUACUAGUAAUGGGAUAUUGAUUACUCCUCUGUGGAGGGCUUAUCGGACUGGGUGUGUGGCUUGUGCUGAGAGAAUGAGACUGAGACUGAGAUUGAAGCUGGGCGUCGAAAGGCGUGCUGAGGAUAGGUAGCCUAGUGGACUCGAGAGUAGAAUACUGGUAGCUUCAAGUUGUUCUUCGACGUGGACGUGGACGUGUUGGACGUGGAGGAGGACCGGAGUAGACGCUGGAAAUGGAGUAUACUGUACUUAUACGAAACGACAGGUAUGAUGUGCCUUGAGA